AUGGUUUCUCGGCUUGUUGUCCUCUUUUUGACAAUCCUACCACUUUCCCAGGCUUGUGUUCCUACUCAAGUCAUUACAACAACAACAACGACGACAAUACCAUGUUGUCCUAUGCUCGCUCAAUCCAGUCUGCCGAAGAGAAAUCCCUCAACAACCGACUACGAGCAAUGUUCGGUUCUGAGAAGAUUGUCGUCCACAUGCCCUCAGGAUGGAAUUGUGUUCUGUGACGCUGCCGAUGAUACAAACCCAGCACGUAUGCAAGUGGAAUUCUUCGACACUACAGGAAAAGUUAUUCGAACUGUCACCAAUACUGGCAGAACACUUGCAGUUAAUGUAUACUGUAAAAAAGGAGUAUGGACCGUAUCCAGUACAUCGGACCAGUCAUCCGCCACUUUUCUUCCCAUCUCUUCGGUGUCCUGCGCUCAAACCGGUUCUAUUGGUGCUGACAAAGGUUACAUAAUUGGACAAGCCAUCAACUAG